CGAGCCAGGGGCGGGACAGCACCAGAGGCUGGAGCGAGGUGUCGGGAUGCAGCGCCCCGGGCCCUUCAGCACCCUCUACGGGCGGGUCUUGGCCCCGCUGCCCGGGCGGGCCGGGGGCGCGGCCUCUGGCGGAGGCGGGAACCUCUGGGGCCUCCCCGGCUCCCACGUGCAGCUGCCGGGGCGUGCACAGUCUGGGUCCGUUGGCGACACGGGAAGCACAGGCGCGCGCGGCCGGGUCUCCAGCAGUCUCUGCCCGGCUCGCUCCACGAUGUCCAAGGCCGAGGAGGCCAAGAAGCUGGCGGGCCAUGUGGCCGUGAAAAACCAUGUGAGGAAUAACCAAGUGCUGGGAAUCGGAAGUGGUUCUACAAUUGUCCAUGCUGUGCAGCAGAUCGCUGAAAGAGUGAAAGAAGAGAAUCUGAGCGUCGUCUGUAUCCCUACCUCCUUCCAGGCCCGGCAGCUCAUCCUGCAGUACGGCUUAACCCUCAGCGAUCUGGACCGACACCCAGAGAUUGACCUUGCCAUCGAUGGUGCUGAUGAAGUAGAUGCGGAUCUCAAUCUUAUCAAGGGUGGUGGGGGCUGCCUGACCCAGGAGAAGAUUGUGGCCGGCUAUGCCAGCCACUUCAUCGUGAUCGCUGAUUUCAGGAAGAAUUCAAAGAACCUUGGCGAUCAGUGGCACAAAGGAAUCCCUCUGGAGGUCAUCCCGAUGGCCUAUGUCCCAGUGAGCCGAGCUGUGACGCGGAAAUUUGGGGGUGAAGUUGAGCUUCGCAUGGCCGUCAACAAGGCGGGUCCUGUGGUGACAGAUAAUGGGAACUUCAUCCUGGACUGGAAGUUUGACCGGGUGCACAAGUGGAAUGAAGUGAACACAGCUAUCAAAAUGAUCCCAGGUGUGGUGGACACAGGCCUGUUCAUCAACAUGGCGGAGAGAGUCUACUUCGGGAUGCAGGACGGCUCGGUGGACAUAAGGGAGAGGCCGCGCUUGAUCCUGCAGGGAGCCGAACGCUCGCUUUGAGUCUCCAGCCAAGCCAAGGUGGACACGGUGCCUCCUGGAGCCUUCGCCUUAAUGUGUCUGUGCCGGGGUGGACAGCUGGCUGUGAGGAGGGGGCAGUGGAUUCAAUCCAGUCUUCUGAAGUAUUGUUGUUAUAUGUCUUUUUAAAGAGAUUUAAACAUAUAUAUAUAUAUUUUUACUAUUAAACAUACUCAGUUUUUUUAUAAAGUAGAACUUGAUUUCAUGUUUUAUAUAAAAUAUUUACCAAAAAAAAAUGGAGGGGGGUGGGGGGGACUGUCUUUGACAUUUUCGACUUGAGCCUGUUGGUUAAGUUUCUGAACAUUGGGGUUUUUUUGCGGAGAAAUAAAAUCAAAACUUUUAAGUCGGUGAAAUGAAGGGCCCAGCCAGCAGUGACCUCCUGAUGCCUUACAGGAAACUUUGUUUACUUCUCUGCUGCUUUCUGUUUUGUUUUGUUUUGUUUAGGUAGCUUUCAUUGUGAUCACGCACAAUUCCUACUUAUAUUUUAAGAAUCAAGUUUACAAAAAUCCGAGGAGAGCAGUGCAGUGUGUAGUGACUUGGAAUGCGAAUUAGCAGGGGGAAAACGUGGUAAUUUUGUUCCGAUGAAGGGGUGAGUUCUGAUCCCCGUGUUGGAAGCAGUUGGCCAGAAACACUUGCCAACACCGCCGAGCACUGCUGUGAAAUGUGAAGUACUCGUUUUUUUAAAGGUGAUUUUCUUUGUGUUGAUUUUUUAUGUUGUUCCUUUCGUGUUGCAUGGUUCAGUGUCCGAAGUCGUCACCUAUUUAUGUUGUUCGAAGGUUGAAAUAAAACCCUGUGGUGCCAUUUUGA